GUCCAGCCGUCCGGGGCACGCCUGAUUGUCCCCAGCUCCCGGGACUCCAGGUCCCCGCGGGCGAGUGGUACAAAAUGAAGCUCGUUUUGCUGUUACCAUGGGCGUGCUGCUGCUUGUGCGGUUCGGCGCUGGCCACCGGUUUCCUUUACCAGUUCCCGGCAGCAGCCUUGCAACAGCACGGCUACCCGGAGCAGGGCGCCGGCUCCCCCGGCAACAGCUACUCGAGUCGCCGGCACUGGUGCCAUCACACGGUGACAAGGACAGUGUCCUGCCAGGUGCAGAACGGCUCGGAGACGGUGGUCCAGCGAGUCUACCAGAGCUGCCGGUGGCCUGGGCCCUGUGCCAACCUCGUGAGAACUCUCAUCAGACCGACCUACCGGGUUUCCUACCGCACGGUGACUGCGCUGGAGUGGAGGUGUUGCCCUGGGUUUACUGGGAGCAACUGUGAAGAGGAGUGUAUGAACUGUACCCGGCUUAGCGAUAUGAGUGAGCGUCUGACCACGCUGGAGGCCAAGGUCCUCUUGCUGGAAGCUGCUGAGCAGCCUUCAGGCCCAGACAAUGACCUGCCACCCCCACAGAGCACCCCGCCAACCUGGAAUGAGGACUUCUUGCCAGAUGCCAUUCCCAUUGCUCACCCAGGGCCCCGAAGGAGAAGACCCACAGGUCCAGCUGGACCUCCAGGACAGAUGGGACCACCGGGGCCUGCAGGGCCCCCAGGUUCCAAAGGUGACCGGGGCCAGACAGGAGAAAAGGGACCAGUAGGACCUCCAGGUCUCCUGGGGCCACCGGGACCACGCGGGCUCCCUGGAGAGAUGGGGCGCCCUGGUCCACCAGGCCCUCCUGGCCCAGCAGGCAGUCCCAGCCUCUUGCCAAACAGCCCCCAAGGUGUCCUGUAUUCCCUGCAGCCACCCACAGACAAGGAGAAUGGAGACUCCCAGCUGAACCCUGCUGUGGUUGACACAGUGCUGACAGGUGUCCCAGGUCCCCGGGGUCCCCCUGGCCCUCCUGGUCCCCCAGGACCACAUGGUCCUCCAGGACCUCCAGGAGCACCUGGAUCCCAGGGUGAGCCCAGUGUGAAGGAAGGAGAAGAGGACAAAGCCGCCACUGCAGAGGGUGAGGGUGUGCAGCAGCUUCGAGAAGCCCUGAAGAUCCUGGCAGAGAGGGUCCUCAUCCUGGAACACAUGAUUGGGGUCCACGAUCCCCUGGCCUCCCCUGAAGGAGGCUCUGGGCAGGACGCGGCCCUGAGAGCCAAUCUCAAGAUGAAGCGGGGAGGCCCUCAACCUGAUGGUAUCCUGGCUGCCCUGCUGGGCCCUGACCCUGCACAAAAGAGCGUGGACCGGGCUGGUGACAGGAAGUAAGAACAAGCCCAGCCCUGGGGCUCAACAGCUACCGCACCCUGAAGACGCCCCAUGUGGGGCUGGGCAUCAGGCAGGGACGAUUGUGAAAGACGCUGGGAGCCUGGGGUCCGUGGGGACAGAUGCUGCCUCCAAGGGGCAAGGCCCAGUGCAGACUAGCACCCUGACAGGACCUUUCUUUGCCCCUAUCCCCUCCCUCCCACUCCCGGCUGGAGACGGGGUCUGGGUGGGCUGGAUGGCAGGCAGGAGAAUAAUCAUGAUUCUCAAUGGCUGAGCCCCCGCUCCAUUAGGGGUCAGGGCCAGCCCAGGUGCUUUCCCUAUACUGUCUCAUUUAACCCUUAAAAGGUAGGUCUGUGAGACCCACUCAGCGUGGGGACCGAGGUGUGGAGAGUACGCGUGACCAGAUCCUGGAUAUCAGUGGGGGCGUGUAUGGUAUUGUAACCCAGGCCUCGCUGUUGCUGAAGCCAUGACUUACAGCCCUGGCUAGCUUCUUCCCCUCAUCAUGAGGUGCGUGGCCCAGGGCACUCCUGAGGCAGCGGGGCUGCUGGGAGGCAGGGCCACCUGAGAAGACAUGGGGCACCCCAGGACUUUGGACCUGCCCCUCUUCUUCCGGUCUCUUCCUGGAUCUGGGGACAAGGGGUAGCUUCCAAGGGGACUUGGGGACCAAGAGGUAGGGUCUUUGGGGCUCAGAGGAGAGGCUUUUGAAUCUGAUUGGCAGUGCUCCCUCCUGUCUCCCAGGCUUGCUGAGCCCACUGGCCCUCGCCUGUCCUCCCCCAUGGAAAAGGAGAGAGCAUUUAACGGGACUGUCCAUCCAGGGUAGGGCCUACAGCCUCCAUCACUGUCAGUCUUUCAUGGAAGUCUCUAGAACCUUCUGCGUGGGUGGAACGCAAGCCCACGUCCCCUUGACCGAGAAUCAAGCUGCGUAUGUCCUAGGCUCGCUCGAUGCCAUGCCUUGGGGCUGGGUCCUAGCAGAGCUGGUCCACAGCACUGAAGGCCUCUCUGCCUUGUGCUGGCUUCUUAUGACCCACCUACCCUGGCGCUCCUCCCACCGGGCCACAACCCCUUAUACUCAGAGAGCAGAAGGCCUGGAACCACCCUCAGGCAUGUCUCCCUGCCUGGCAGGAGUGACCAUCCCUAAAGAUCUUGGUGCUUACGCAAGGCUGUGUCCUUGUCCCCCUGGGUCCUGUUGGCUAUCCCUG